GUGUACUUCUGCUGAGUGAAUUGUUAUUAAUUGGUGGCUUCAUAGGGCUACGUGUUGACAUUAAGGCUCAGUCAUCCUGGUAGUGGUGCAAAUUCAAUUUCUUGGGAAAGCUAAACUUGUUGAUAUUUCAGUUGGUGAUUUUGAAACCAAACUUUCACUAGUACUGUAAAGACUCAUCUGUUGAAUUGAAUUAAGAGAUUCGAUUAAACUAAAGUUCAUUUAUCCGGAGUUUCAAGUUACAAAAUGAACAGCAAUUCUGUUUACUCAACUCACCAUUGUCCCAUUCACAGGCAAUUAAGAAGAAUAACACAGCAGAAGACGGGCAUGGCAUCCAUGAAAACAGAACACAGCAUGAUUUGUGUGAUUUGCUUUGAGGAACGAGACAAGCUGAAGACGGUCGGUGAAUGCAAGCACAACUUCUGUUUCUCGUGCCUAUUUAAACACAUAGUGAAACAUUGCAACGGGCAGAUGUUCCCUUGCCCAUCUUGCCAGGAAAACUGUCUUCUUCCCAGGGAUGAGCUGAAUGGCCUAGCUGAUUUCACAGGAGAAGAAGAAGAUGUGUACUUUGACUGUACCACCACACAUGGUGAACCUUGUGAAGAAGGUGAUUUUGUGAGAGAACCAAGUGAGAACAGUGGUGCAGUAAGGGAACUUGGUGAAGCAUGUGCUGCAGUGGAGGAACUUGAUGUGGACAUUGGUGCAGUGAGGAAUUGUAGUGAGGAAUGUGGUGCAGUGAUGGAACUUGAUCCAAAAAGUGGUGCAGAGAGGGAAAUUGAUGUGGACAGUGGUGCAGUAAAGGAACUUGUUGAGAAAUUUGGUGCAGUGAUGGAACUUGGUGCAGAAUGUGGUGCAUUAAAGGAAGUUGAAAGCACCGAACCAGUCACAGACCUUACCGAUACCGUUGGGAUGAACUGCCAGAUAUGUCGCCACGUUGGCAAGACUGCACGAGCUGCCAAUCUCUGUCCUGAGUGUGACCAGUUAUAUCUUUGCCAAAAAUGUGCCCGACUCCAUGGAAGUAACCCAGCCACCAAAAUGCAUGCUGUGGUUCAGCUGAAGAGGGACUUGAUGUGCGAUGAACACAAAGCCCCAUUGACAAGCUACUGUUGUACUUGUAGUAAAGCGGUUUGUAAGAUAUGUGUCAUGAUGAAUCAUGGACAUCAUCAUGUUGAGAAAUUGGGCAACUUGAUCCUGUGGAAGGUAGAGGAGGUGAAUGUUGCAUUACGGGAACGAGAAAAGGACCUGGAAAGGCUGCGACUCCAAGAGGCACAGUUAGUGGCAUUAAAAGUUGAUGCCCUAGCUCUUGAUAAGCAAGUUGCUCUAAUCGAAGCGAUUGAAAGCCAUGCUGAAAAAUGCAUUCAUGAGAUCGUCACAUGGAAGGAGAUCCUGAAAGCAGAAGUCAAGAGGGAUUUUAAAGUUAUAAAGGAGGUCCCCGAAGUAUUGAAGGAUGUGUCCGACUCGGUCACAAAUUUGCGGUGGGGUGUAUCAAGUGUUUCAGAAAAGCUUUCGAAAGUUAAUCAACAGGCUUCAGUCCUAGAUACACUAACUUCUAUGCAUCAUGACUUGGACAUGAUGCAGGCUGUGCCACAGGCCCAUGAAGGAGUGGUUGACACGGUCCUUUGCGGGUUGUAUCAAACACCAGACUAUUUCAUUCCAUCGGAAAUGCCAUCAACCAUAGGUCAACUGUUCCAAAGUGCGACUGACAUCAGCAAAGCAUCAUUACCUGUCCUUGUCCAAGUGGAGCAAAAAACCGACCUGUCUGGACGCCUGGAAUCAAUGUCAUCAUGGGCAUCCGUCCCUACUGUAUUGACGACACCAACAAACAAUUAUGCAGUAGAUCGCGUCAAGCAAGUCGUCUUUCGACUAACCGUGGCUCCAGGAAACAUGGAAGAAUUUAUGAUCCCUUUAGUUGGUGAUUUAAAUGAUGAACAAGUUGACUUAACCACAGUGAUAGAUAUGAUAAAUGUUAUAUUCGAACAAGCUAUCGCGGAAUCCAAUUUUACAUACACAGGUGCCAGGAUGUGUGACUGGUUUGUCCGUGAUUACAAACCAAAAACAAACGGAGAGCCCAUCAAGUUUCUAGGCCUGUUAAUGAAAAGAUGUCAAGUUGAGCAAGAGAAAAGCCAAAUCUUAGCUCAAGAGAACCCAACUCGGUUACAAGGGUUUACUUUAUUUAUGGCAGAGCUUUUCCAAAAUGUAAAGAUUGUAGCCCAAGGAGGAGAGGAACGGAUUGAAGUGUUGGGAAAGAAAUUGAGAGAACUUGUGAGGACACUUCUUACACAUCCAUCAGAUUCCAAUCUCAAAUGUGUCGUUAGAAUUCUAAAGUGUACAGGUGCGGUGUUGGAAGACACGGAACGAUUACUAACAGGCCAGGCUCUCGACAUGGAUAAUUUGAUCACUUUUUGUUUGCAGCAGGCCAUGUCUCCUCAUGCUUCAGAGUCAGCGCGAGCCAUGUUGAAGAAGGUCGCAGAUAUCCGAUCAACAAAUUGGGGUCGUAUAGAAAGUGCACCUGUCCAAGUGGUGGCACCACCACAACCAAGAGCACCAUCACCAUUCACUCAGUCUGAUCCAGUGUUCUUCGACCCUUAUGGUCGGAUGAUUACGAGAGAAGAAGCGGGCUUUGCCGAAGGUGAAUUAGAAUAUUCGUUUGGCGAUGGAUACCCGGACGAGUGGUCAUCGCAGGAUUUGCAGUAUCAGGAGCAAGAAUUUGACCCUUCAUUUGAUAAUGGAUAUCUUGAUACGGAAAUUGACUCAGAAAUCGCAGAUGCUUUCGAGCAGUUCUUGAUUGAGACACAACAAGCAAUCUAGAAUACCUAAACACAGACAACACUACCUACUCUAUCUACGCUCCAUACAGGAGCCUUCAUGCAUUUAGCUCAUAUUUUCUUGCUUUGGUGCCAUUUUUCACUGUCUUUACAUCAUUCAUACUCAGAUGGUCUGAAUGUAUGGCAGAACUAUCAGUUUCGUGCUAGUCGCAUGGCAACAAUGUGGCUUAAAUUCAGGGUGCUUUGGGUAGGCAAAAGGAAUGCUUUUGAAAAAGGCAGUUUUGACACCAUUUAUGGUCAUUUCAAUUUGACUGUACUUGUGGCAAAUAUUUUUGAACCUAAAUGCCAUCAACAAAAUAUGAAUUUUUUGAGCCAGCAGAUUAUUAGUAGUAUUCCCAGUACUUCAUUUUGGCCAAGUUAUAUACCAUUUUGGCAUGCAUGUUUGUUUAUUUGCUUUUAAACUACCAACAUUUUCAAGUUCAAGGAACUGAUAGGCCUGCCUGGGGCUUGAGUUUCUGACUAGGCAACUAGCUGCACUUGUCACAAUACAUGGUCAGUUGGAAAGCCCCAAUUUGAAUAUACAGGAAGCCCCUGCACUUGUUUUUUUUUUGCAGUUUCUGGGUUGUAUACGGUUUCUCUUGCAUCAAUGAAGCAUUUUGUUUUUUAAAUACAAUCCUUUAAAGGUGAAGCUGAGAAUUAUGUGCUAAAAUUCUGAAUAAUCGUCGGUGUCGCGUCACUUUGGCCCUUGCUCUUUGACAAGGACCAGAAUGACGCAACACUGACGAUAAUUCGCUAUAUGCAUAAAUACUACAGACAUGACAGACAACGUUUGUUCAAGAUCGAGCCAACAGGCUCGUACAUGCUGCUGUCUUAUUAUUUAUUGGAAAUGUAAUUUGAAUUGAAAUAGAAUUUGAAUUAGAUAGAUGUGCUGUAAAAAAUUUUGUGGUAAAAUGUGCUUUGAAGUUGUUUUUACAAUGGAAACUUUACCGAGGAUGUAUAAAAGCAACUUGCGUUUAUCAUUAGCCAUAUCAAGAUAGGCUGAGAUAGAAAUUCACAUGUGUUAUUGGCUACUUGAGAACUAGUAUUUGCACUGCCUCACUUAACUGUAAGUUACUGUAAAGUAAAACUAAAAAACACUAUGAAUUAUGUUAGAGUCUUAUAUCUUCAAAAUAGAAGGACCUGAUUGCCAGAAGAGAUACAAGUGUAGUAUUUCAUGUCUACUUUAUUUAAGUUAUUCAUUCAAGACUUUCACAUUGAAUGGUAGGGAUGGUAGGAAAAUCCUCCACAAGCUUGCAACUUUUGACGGGGUCAAGCAACUUUACACAUAUGAUGUCGCACAAAUCUAGUAAUGAUGUCUGAUGCAAAAAAACGUUACACCUGAUUGUUUCGUGGAGCAUGAUGGAAAGAUUUCGUGACGUCUUGCGGAUGAUAUUAUAAAAAGGUGUAAAUAUGUAUAGUCUAUGAUGAAAAUGGGAGCAAUAGUUGUGUUAUAUGCGGUAUAUUGCUCUUUUUUGUAAGUUCAUUGCAAUUGAAGUUCAAAAGCAAUGUUAUUUUUGCAUAUCUACUUCUUGAGUAACGAAGAAAGACAUUUGAAUCUGAUCUAGCCUCAACUUCAUCAAAAUCUCGCAAAAAAGGACUGGUGAUUUUGAGUGGGAACUGAUCCUAUGAUCUGAUCCCAUGCUCGAUAUCAUUUUCGGGAUUUUACUGUCGACAAUGAUGGUCAAUCGGGUUUACUCACCUUUGAUGAAAAA